AUGGUGUCGGUGGCAGGUGGCAUCAUCAUUACCAUUGUCGUGCUCGCCGUGGCGGCCGCAGUGGGAUGGAUCGUCUUUACGCAAUACCGCGCACGCAGACUCGGCCUCCCCACGCCGAGCCUCUCGUCAUACCUCCCCUGGAACAAGCGAGAUAACCCCUACGGCCCGCCCCAGCCUGCGCCCGGCGGUGUCUCGGGCUGGUUCAACGACCAGGUGCGCAAGUUUAAGAACCGCAACAACCGCUCCGCCGCCGGCGCGUACGAGCCCUCGAACCGUGGCGCCAACCCCGGCGGCCCGCGCGGCGCGCACCGCGCCCUUGACCCCGACGAGGCCUGGGACACGCGCGUCGACAACGAGGCAGACAACUACGGCUACUACGAGGAGGAGCUGACGGCCCGCGGCGGCGGUCGUCGCACCAGCACCGAGUACCACGGCGGCAGCAGCUACAACAUGAAUCUAGCGGCGACGCCCAAGCGCGAGCGCGAGGAGCACGAUGUUGAUCUGGAGAGGGGUCGCCAGCCCUCGCGGAGUCCUGGUGGCGGGCCCCGCGGCAACAACCCCUUUGACGAUGACCACGCCGAGAGCUUGCGCGGCGUCAGCCCGCGGCCGAUGGACCAAGGACAAAAGAGCGGCAGCCCCUCGCGCCACUCGGUAUUCAAGGAGAAUGUAUAG